CGGACUGUCGUACGGUUAACGUCGCUCCUGGCGGUCCCUUUUAGCACGGAGCUUGUGGUGUGGUCUGUCGCAACCUUUAUAAAUUGCAACCAUUGCAAUGCAUAUUAAACACUGAAAGUCAUAAAAAAAGUGCAUGAUUAAAGUGAAUUAGCUCAAUAUAAGAGAAAAAAAAAACAAAAGAAAAUAAAAAAGAUAAUCAGAAAGAAAGAAAAAGAAAACGGACCACAGAAAUAUCAACAACAGACAGAAUAUUGUGAAAGAAAGAAAGAUAAAGAAAAAAGAAAGUGAAAAGAAAAGAAAAAGAAAAAGAAAAAAAACUGAAUUAAGUUCCCACACCCAACACCCGCCCCUCGCUUCGUGACCCGUCGUCCAGUACACGGCUGGCCUUGCGGGUGUCUCUUCGCCGUACUGGGGACCCGAGUGAAUAAAUUCCUUUCUUAUAGUGUUAUAGUGAGUGUUUCGUGAGUCACAGUGAGGGGAGAGUUGACAGGGUGACGCGCCGGGUGGAAAAGAUGGCGGCGCUCAGAGGAUUGGCGAUGGACGGAGUAAAGGUGUUUCUGCUGGCGACGGCGAUCAUGUUCUCGACGUGUUUCAACCAGGCUGAAUCAGGAUUAAUAUCCAGGACCGUCGGCGUCAUAGGCAAAGGCGCCAGGAUCUAUUGCAACGUCUCAGAUGCAGCGCCUGCAAGCCAAAUCAUCCUCACUCUCUGGUUUAAGAACAACAGUAAGAAACCCAUGUACAGCUACGACGCCAGAUCCCGGACGCCGAGAGAAUGGUCCGACAGCAACUUCUUCGGAGAUCGCGCCACGUACGAGGCCGCGGAAAGCCCACCUUACUUGAGUGUCACGGACAUCAAGGUUACGGACGAGGGAAUGUACGAAUGCCGUAUGGACUUCCGUAGAUUGCCGUCACGCAGGCACACCACGAGGCUGAAUGUGGUUGUUCCCCCAGAUCCUCCCAAAGUCUUGAGGAAUGACAGUACCGUCGCCUCGAACGGCAUCGCGGGACCUUACAACGAGGGCUCCAACAUCACUAUUACGUGUCAAGUGAAAGGAGGAAAACCCCCCCCGCAAGUGAAAUGGUGGAGAGAGGGAGAACUCCAGGACGCAGAGUUGGAGAAGAGCAUCGGAGGAGAAUAUCGCAACACUCUCAAGAUCGGCCCUUUGACACGCGAGCACCUUGGCGCCCAGUAUGUGUGUCAAGUGAGGAACCACGAGCUCGUCCCUGCGCUCAGCACCAGCGUCACUCUGCUUGUCAACGUUCCCCCCUUGGAAGUGAAGGUCCUGGACCCGCCCCCUCACGUGGUGGCGGGCAGGGCCCAGGACGUGCAGUGCCGGAGCCGCGGCGGCCGCCCGCACGCCAACGUCACGUGGUGGCUGGACGGGCAGCCGCUCGACACCUUCAGGACGGUCAACAAAAGCGACGGGACCCUGAGCAUCCUCACCUUCACGCCCACCAAGGAGGACAAUAACAAAGCGUUGCAGUGCAAGGCGGAGUCUCCCGUCUUGCAACACACGCCCAUUGAGGACGCAAUGAAGCUCGACGUGCAUUCCGUUCCUAAGGUGGUCAGUGUCGACAUAGAAACCCCUGACCCCGAUUACAUCAAGGAAGGGGAUAACGUGACCCUUUGGUGCAGAGUGAAGGCGUAUCCCAAGGUUAAAGAAAUCACUUGGUAUCAUAAGGGCGUCAAAGUGCAGCACAAUCUGGACGAGGGGGUAAAGGUGGGCAAGCAGAAGCUGAUGAUGAUCGGCAUAGAGAAGCAGCAGGCGGGCAUUUACUCCUGCCGGGGCACCAACGACGUGGGAGAUGGCCAGAGCAAACCGUACAUUCUUGACGUGAAGUACGCCCCCGUGUGCUCGUUCAACACCUCAGAAAAGGUGGGCAUCGCUAGGAACGACCAGGUGAUGGUGCAGUGCCGCGUCGACGCCUCGCCCGGCCUCGUGACCUUCAAGUGGCACCUCAGAACCAAGACCGAGCUGAUCAACAUCCCCACCGAAUGGUACACCGUCCAGGACCGCACCUCGAGCCUCAACUACAACGUCACGGGCAUCUACACGUACGGCGACAUCCUGUGCUACGCGUCCAACGAGCUCGGGGAACAGGCCAAGCCGUGCAGCUACACCCUGGUCCCCGCGGGCAGGCCGGAGCCCCCGAGGAACUGCACGGCCAGCAACCACACAGCCGACGCCUUCUAUGUGGCCUGCCUCCCUGGCUACGACGGAGGGCUGGAGCAGGAGUUCGUCGUCCUCGCCUUCGACGACAAGAACGAGCGCCUCAUUCGCAACGAGACCGUGCGGGGGGCGCCGGUGUUCACUCUCGAGGACCUCCCGCCGGAGUCCGACUACCUGGUCAAGGUCUACGCGCAGAACGUCAAGGGAAAGAGCGUGGAGCAGGUGUUGCACGGGUUCACGUUGCCCUCCGCUCAGCCAGGCACAGCUGUUCCGGCCACGCACAUCUUCCCCAUCACGCCCAUCCUAGGUGUGCUGAUAGGCGUGGUGGCCGCCCUCGUGCUGGUGGCCGUGGUGGUGGUGGUGGUGAUGAAGCUCCGGGGCGACACGAGGACCAUGAAGGGCAGGCCUGAAGGGGGCAUGAAGGGGCCUCACUCCCCCCUCCACCCAGCCAAGGACGGAGAUGACUGUCCCGACGUCAUCUUGUGUCGCACGGACUCGACCUACGAGGACGUCGACGGGAUCCCGCAGAAGCUGAAGCACGCCAACAUCUACGAGACGGUCCCUUACGACACCAAGGACAAGAACAGCAAGAACAGUGAGAGCGCCGACAAGGACGAAGUGGCCUACGCCGAGCUGACCUUCAGCAACGGCAAGAGCAAGUCGAAGAAGAGCAAGAAGGCUGGGGCGAACGGCGCCAUCAGGAGCUCCGAGGAGUCCACCAUCUACGCCACCAUCGACCACAGCCGGACAGCAGCUCACCAGAAGCAGCAGGGGAUGCAGCAGCAGAAGCUCCAGCAGGCGCAGCAGAAGCAGAAGGACCUGGAGUCCAUGAGCCAGGCGGAGACCGACAGCAUCCCGCUCAUGGACGCGGCACUCGAGAGCAAUGUAUAAAGCGUGUUUCGAGGGGCGCGGAGGGACACGUCAGGGGGAGGGGGGGGGGGAGGGGGCGGCUCUGCGUUCCCCCGGAAUAAGUGCGUUCUGCAAGUGCCUUUAAUUAAGGGUUACGUUUCCUUUUCGUAACUGUGUGUUCAGGUAAAGACGAGAGUGUUAGGGAGAAAAAGGUGUCUGAAAUUAUAUUUUUUUUGGUUAAUUACGAUGUUUUUUUUGUAUAUGAAUAUAAGGAGAUACUUGAUUAAACGUAGGUUUGUAUUAGCUCAAACGUAUAUGAUUUCUUUUAAAACACAAACUCAAAUGUGAGUUACAUUUUUGGAUAUUGUAACAGACAGUAAAGUAUAUGCAUUAUGCCACUAUAUAAAUACAUAGGACAUUUCUGUACCAUAGUAAUAACAUAUUAACAGUGCCAUGCAAGAAGUAGGAUACAUUUUAAGUUUUUAUUUACAAAGGAACUAAGAUUACAAUACAUGUUUUUAUGUAUGUUGUGCCUUUUAGCAGAUUCAUUGUAGUUUUAUCCAAUAAGUGUCCGAAGUUUUGUCUUUAAAGUGAAGUUGCCGCCACAGGAAUGAUGAAAAUGUGUCUUCCUCCCAAUGUAGAUUAUCAAGUAUGCUACGUAUAUACUAGGUUAUCUUAAAUACAUACUCAUGGCCGCACAAAAUAAAGCAAAGACUUGUUAUACAAGUGAUUUAUUAGAAAGGACUCACUCAGAUAAAUACGUCCAUUGACUCUUGAAAUACUCAUGAAAGAACGAGAAUACGAAGAGGAGAGGAAGGGAAGAAAAGGAGAGAACGAAAAGUCGGAGGUGGAAGACGGAGGAACAGAAAAAAGAAAGAAAAAGAAAUUUGAGUUGAUUUAUAAGUUGGCAAAAAUCACCACACAGAAAAUAUUUUCUUUUGGUUAUAGAUUUCUUUAUACUGAUCCCCCGCAAAAUUUUACGGUUGUAUCAUAUUUCUCAAAAAAAAAAAAACUUACUUUCUUUAUAAACUGAUUUUCUCCCCGCCUUGUUUCUCCUAUUCUUCCUUAAAGACUAGAAUUCACAGCUGACAAAAAAAUGUCCCCUUUUAAUCACAAAAUAGAACUUGAACUGUAUUAUCAGUUCGAUUGCUGUUUAUUCGCUCGAUUCGUGGCUAAGACCGACCAUGUAAAAUAGCUCAAGAUAUUAAUUCUGAACGAGUCACUUGUCCAAAUUCCUGUGAAAUUCCUUCUCUAUAAUCCUUCGUCUGGUUUGGAGAGCUCAGCCUUUUAAUUAUUUCAAAUGCUGAGGGAAUUCCGCCUCUGUAAAUUCUCGAUUUGUGUUGCUUCGUAAAAAACGGUGUCUCAGUUCGAGAACAUUUUUUACAAUUCUCAAUGAUGUCGCCUCACGAAGUAACAUUUUCAAAAACGAAGCUAAGGAUACAAAUUAGGAUUAUUUUCAGAGCUAAUGUAAGAUUAUUUAUCAACCCCGGAGACACGAAAAGGUUAAAGACGUACAGUGGUGAUGCUGAACCAACGUUGCAGUUACUUUAGAGUCUAAUGGAAGUGCGGUUUAGUCGUGCUAUGACAAUAAGUUUUGAAGAAAAGACCUGUAGAUUAAGGAUCUCGACUUUGUCAUGUUUACACAGAAUGUUUAUAUGUAAAAGAUUAUUUUUUUCUUGUUUUAGAAUAUGCAUUCAUACAUACAUGCAUACAUACAUACACACACACACACACACACACACACACACACACA